AUGACAAUUAGUCCUAAUAAAAGACAAAAACGUGAUUCUUCAUCACCUAAAAAACACCUCAUCCUCAAUGCAUUUGAUAUGAUGUGUCCAUCACUUCAAACUGCAGGAUUAUGGAGUCAUCCUGAAGAUAAAUCUCGAGAUUAUAAUACCAUUGAAUAUUGGACUAAUUUAGCUAAAUUAUUGGAAAAGGGAAAAUUCAAUGCUCUUUUCAUUGCUGAUGUUUUAGGUGGUUAUGAUGUUUAUAAUGGACCUCGUAAUUUAACUGCUGCUGCUAAAUCUGGAGCUCAAUGGCCAAUUAAUGAUCCUCAUGCAAUUGUUCCUGCUAUGGCUGCCGUUACAGAAAAUUUAUCAUUUGCUAUUACUUCAAGUACUGUUAGUGAAUCACCUUAUCAUUUUAGUCGUCGAUUAGCCACGUUAGAUCAUUUAACCAAAGGUAGAAUUGGUUGGAAUAUUGUUUCAUCAUAUUUGGAUUCUGCAGCAAGAAAUUUACUCAAUGGCGGUCCAUUACCUGAGCAUGAUGAACGAUAUGUUAAAGCUCAAGAAUUUGUUGAAGUUGUAUAUCAAUUAUUUUUGUCUUCAUGGGCUGAUGAUGCCGUUAAAUUUGAUAGGAAAACAAGAGUUUUCACUGAUCCGGAAAGAAUUAGAGAAAUUAAUUAUAAGGGAGAACAUUUUAUUGUUCCUGGACCUAGUAUUACUGAACCAACUCCACAAAGAUUGCCAGUUAUUUUACAAGCUGGUGCUUCCAAAAAAGGUUUAGAAUAUGCUGCUAAAAACGCUGAAGCAGCGUUUAUUAAUGGUAUGACCCCGGAAGCACUAAAAGUCAAAAUUGAUCAAUUGAAAAAAUUGGUGAAACAACAUGGUAGAAACCCCGAUGAUGUUAAAGUUUUAUCAUUAGUUACCGUGAUUGUUGCUCCUACUCAUGAAGAAGCCAUUGCUAAAUAUGAAGAAUAUAAAUAUUAUUCUGAUCCUGAAGGUGCACAAGCUCUUUUUGGAGGUUGGACAGGAAUCGAUUUAGGGAAAUAUGAUUAUGAUGAACCAUUAGAUCAAGUUGAAAGUAAUGCUGUAAGAAGUUUUGUUGAAAGUUGGACAAAACCGGUACCUGGUGAAGAUCCCAACACAAAAAAAACUAGAGCUACUGUGGUUAAUCAAUUACAAAUUGGUGGAUCAGGGAUUUUAAUUGUUGGUGAUCCCGAAGAAGUUACUGAAGAAUUAAUUCGUUGGCAUGAAAUCUCUGGUGUUGAUGGAUUCAAUUUCACUUAUGCUGUCACACCAGGUAGUUUUGAAGAUUUGGUUGAAUAUGUCAUUCCAUUACUUCAAGAAAAAGGUUAUGCUCAAAAGGAAUAUCCAACUAAUGAAAAUGGUAAACCUCUUACAUAUAGAGAAAGUAUUUAUGGUGCUGGUAAUGGGUUUUUAAAACCUGAUCAUCCUGCUUAUAAUUUAAGAUGGAAAUCUGAAGAAUCUAAAGAAGAAUUUGAAGAAAAGUUACAAAAGACUUUGAAAGAAAAAUUUGGAAAAACUUAG